AUCUCAAGAUUUAAUCCUUAGUCUGAACUCUCGGAGAAGUGCUUGGAAGAAAUAGACAACUUCAUCACUUGCGUUGAUAAUAAGGUUGAUGCAUAAUACAGAAUCAUACACACAAUAUGGGACCGAAGGACAAUGUUGCAGAUAGCGAUCAACUAAAAUUUCAGAUACGAGAAAAAGUGAUUGAACGGGCAAGGAUGGUUUUUAGGCUGAAUGAUUUGGAGAACUACAAUCUUUAUAGACGCAAUUAUGGUAUUGCUAGGAAAAUGGACAUCCUGAGGCAUUUGCAUCUGGCACUAGACAAUUUCUCUUGUGCAAAUAAACCACAUAAAGGGAGAGCUAUCAAGUCAUGCACAACAGAAGAGCUAGACAAUAAGAAGUUGAAUUAUAUGAUGCUACAUGGGACUAGAAACUUGAUUGAGGAAAAGAAGCUAUUAAGAAAUAAAAAUAUGUGCCACAAGACAGAUGAUGCUUCAAGUUCACGUCUUCUAGAGCUCAUGAAGAAUGUACAGAUGAAAUAUAGUUCUUACAAUCAUCACUGUAAACAAAAAAAUUGUGAUAAACUCCAUAAAGAAAUCAAACGUUUUGAAGUGACAAGGAAAAAGUCAGCACAAUUAAAGCAAGGCAUCAGAAAUCAUGUGAAGAUUAUGAGUGAUGAGUUGAUGGAGAUGAGGAAGAAAAAGCAUGCACUUGAGACCAAAAUUAAGCAUGUUAAUAGAGAAAUAGAGGUCAUAAAUGAAGAAAUUAUAAGGUCCUUUCAGAAGCACUUGAAAGGUAGAUUUUGCAGAAAUGAUGCAUAUCUUUUUAUGCUUCAGGAGAUGAAAAAUAAAGGAUACUGGGUCCUCAAUUCUAUUGACUUGGGAUAUGAUCAGGCCUUUGGCUUUCGUGACAUCUAUUCGAAGAAGUUUUUAUGUUAUAAUAUAAGCACUUUGAAUGACGAUGACCUGUCUUGUAAUAAAGACUUCUCCAAAUAGGUGUCAGAAAUAUGAAGUUAUCGAUAGGUUUUCCGAAACUCUGUAUGUUAUAAUAUAUUUUUGAAAUAUCAUAUUAUACAAUUUAUACAAAAUUAUUUUUUUCUCUCUA